AUGCCUCUGAACAACCUCAACAAGCAUCUCCCUUGGCUGUUAUCCGAGAAGCCUUUCAUACCGCACGCUGGAUCGGUUGUAGCCUAUGAUCCCAACUCUCUUCCAACCAGUUCAGCCACCGCCUCGCAACCCUCGUCUUUGCUGGCGGAACAGGUAGAAUACAAUGAACCAGCACCUGCAUCUGCCCCACAGCCCGCUCCACCCCUCACUCGGCCUGUUGCACCCCGCAUUCUUACUCGGUCGAAGACGAUUGAUAUACACAACCCACCAGGACAGAAAGAGGCGACUGCGGAUAUGGCAAGGCUGAGACAGACACCUGCCAGUGGAAAGCCUAAACUUGUACUGGCUGGACUUCCACAUUACGACAGGGCAAAUGAGGAAGUAGCUGUGCUACGCCGAAAUGCUGGGGCCUGUAGUACGCCAGUACCGACACAGCGGACCGCCAGAAGGGUGCGAAUCGUGUCUGAACAUGUAGAUGCCAUCGACCUUACUGGAAACGACCAUCUACGCUCUUCGCCAAUUGCAGACCGUCCAGCCAAAGGGAGAAAGAGGAAGAGCGAUGAGUUUGGGCAAGACUUCCGACGCGCGAAAUCUCCGAGGCCGACGCGCAACGCACCCGCGCCCAGUCCUCAGCUAGACGACGAAGAUUUUCCAGACAUUGACGAAAUGGUACUGGCUCCUGAGAGCCCACCUCCACCUUAUUCCACCGUGGUCCCGAUCGGACGCGAACAGCAGCCACCCGGCGACAUGCCAGAUGACGAAGAUAUCGAAUCUAUGCUUAAAGCAGAGCAUGAGGAUCGGAUACGGGAACAAGCAGAGACCGUGCCAUCUACCCAGACACGUAAGCGCAAGCCAUCAAGUCGUACGCCUUCAGAGACCUUGGCCCCAGCUCGUAAGCUGGGGAAGCAAACCUGCAGUCCUUCACCAAUCAAGAACAAUAUUCUGAAGGCCAAAAAGACCUCUCUUACAGACAAGCCCGUUAUCGGCAAAGUUGGGCAUACUGUAUUGGACUCAGAAGAUGAAGAAUAUGGCGCAUUCGAUGAAAUGGACGAAACACGGUCUCGUUCUCGAUUAAAGACGCCCACCAAGGAAAAGGUGGGCGAGAAGACCCCUGUGCCAAACGCGAGCAUGCCGCUGCCUAUACGCUCCCCAUCGAAAGCCUCGUCAAGUCCAAGACCUUACAAACCGGAACACGAUUCUAUGCCCACGCCAGCAAAGUCGCAAUCGCCACGAAAGCAAAUGAUGGUGUCGAAAGAGACUGGCCUUAUCACUGAUGCUGCCGUUGCGCAGGAUCAAUCGACGCCAAAGUUUUCCCAACCAACCAAGGAGCAGCGGGAUGCUAUGCGCAUAACUGUCAAUGCUUUCCUCAAAUCAGAAGGCGCACAUUUACAACAACAUCUGAACGCCGCCAUUUCUGCAUGGGAUAGUGCCCGGGCGGCCUUCGUCACCUAUGUGGAUGAGAAUGGCACGCCUGGCGUAUCAGAGCUGGAAGUCGUGAACCGCGAGCGCGCGCGAAAGGAUGCAGUGGAGCAGCUAAUUACACUAAAAUCGACUUGUGAUGAUAUUGAAAACCAACGACGGCGUAUCAGAGAAAAGAUCGACGAUGACUUGAACAAGGGACAAUUCGAUGGCGAAGAUGGCCAUAAGCUGAACAAGCUCUUCAAGUCACUCGAAGAUGCUCAGAUACAGAUGUACUAUCUCCUCGAUACUGCUGCGAUCAAAACACGAUCAAAGCCAAUUAUCAAAACUGAGCGUGCAGAAUCUCCUUAUGUUGUCAUCCAGUCGACGCAGACUAGCCCCAUCAGGCAACGAAGGCGGUCGCUGGCCAAUGCCCAGUACGAACAAACUGCUCCGACGCAGAGAGUACCGCAAACACAAGUCGCAAAGCCAGAAGUUUGGACGCCCACGCGCCGCAUACGAUUCGCCGAAGAGCAAGUAGCUGCAUCUUCAUUGCCGCAACCGGAUUUAGGUUCUCAUGUUCAAUACAAUGCUGGGGGGGCCCAAGAUACGUCCACCUCACGCGACCGCUCCCAUCGCAUCCCGGAGACACCAUGUCGUCACAAGAAUUAUGAUUCUACCGAAUGUGAGUCUCAUGGUACACUUGACGAGUUUGAUGACCUAGAUUUGGAAGAGGGAGACGAGAAUCUGUUCACGACCAACAUGGGUCCACCUCCAGGUCCGAUCGAGAUUAAAGAUGAUGAUGAUAAUGAUGAUGAUGAAGAGUUUGGUGGUGGCUUUGAUGCAGAUGAAGAGGAAGACUUCCUCCACGAGAUUAGCAACAUUGAAAAUCAGGCACCGAGUGGUUUUGAUUGGAAGGGCGAGAGGACUAACACGCAAGCAUCAACCUCUCGAGAAGUCUUCCGCGAGACAAACGCAAACACCAUCCAACCGCCCAAGACUCAUCCGUUGCCGAAGAAGCCGCAGAUGGACAUACGCGCAAAGAACUACCCUGGAAUGGACUUUCCGUGGUCCCAAGAUCUGCGCAACGCACUUGUUCGUCGAUUCGGCUUGCGCGGGUUCCGGCCUGGACAGCUCGAAGCUAUCAACACUACCCUCGGCGGAGAGCAUUGCUUCGUGCUUAUGCCCACUGGAGGUGGAAAGUCCCUUUGCUAUCAAUUGCCAUCCGUCAUCACGUCAGGCAAGACACGCGGUGUGACCAUAGUCGUCUCACCAUUGCUCAGUCUGAUGGAAGAUCAGGUUGCAGCUUGCGAGCAACGUUUUGGUAUGCAAGCGUUCCUGAUAAACGGAGAGUCUACAGCAGCGCAGAAGAACAUGAUUAUGGAUGCUCUGAAGGAACGCGACCCCCAGAAGUUUAUCCAAAUCCUCUACGUGACACCGGAGAUGCUUAGCAAGAAUCAAAGGAUGGUCGGUACUCUUCAGCAACUACAUUCGCGAGGCCAUCUCGCAAGAAUCGUCAUUGAUGAGGCGCAUUGCGUGAGUCAAUGGGGGCAUGACUUCCGUCCAGAUUACAAGGCACUUGGAGAUGUUGUACGGCAGUUCCCUGGUGUCCCUGUCAUCGCCCUGACAGCUACUGCAACUUCGCUCGUCCGCACUGAUGUUGUUGCCAAUCUAGGUAUACAGGGUUGCCGACAAUUUUCCCAAAGUUUCAACCGUCCCAAUUUGUCUUACGAAGUGCUUCCAAAGUCAAAGGGUGUAGUGAACAGCAUCGCGGAGCUAAUCAAAGACAGGUACUCAAAAAAAUCUGGCAUCAUCUACUGCCUAUCUCGUAAAAGCUGCGAAGACGUAGCGAAGAAGCUUUCCGAUCUUGGCCUCAAAGCGUUCCACUAUCACGCUGGCAUGGAAUCUGCAGAACGUUCCGCAGUCCAGCGCAAAUGGCAAAGCAAUGAAUAUCAUGUCAUUGUGGCGACUAUUGCGUUUGGUAUGGGUAUCGACAAGGCCGAUGUUCGAUACGUCAUCCAUCAUACCCUUCCGAAAAGUUUGGAAGGCUACUACCAAGAGACCGGACGUGCUGGCCGUGAUGGCAAGCGAUCGGAAUGCUAUCUUUAUUAUCAAUACACUGAUUGCAGGACGUACCGAAAAAUGAUUGACGAGGGUGAAGGGAGCUUCGAGCAAAAACAACGGCUGCAUAGUAUGUUACGGACGGUUAUCCAGUACUGCGAGAACAAGGCGGAUUGUCGACGAGCGCAAGUGCUCGGCUACUUUAGCGAGCCCUUUGACCCGGCCAAGUGCAAUUCAACCUGCGACAAUUGCCGAUCAGAUUCCACAUUUGUGACGAAAGAUCUCACGGAGUAUGCGGCGAUGGCCAUCAAGCUCGUUAGCAAGGUGCAUGAGGAUAGUGUCACCAUGCACCAGUGCGUUGACGCGUUCCGUGGCGCCAGUACCGCCAAAAUCAAGAAGUCUGGACUGGAAGCUUACGGUUGGGGCUUUGGCAAAGAUCUGGAGCGAGGUGAUAAUGAGCGGAUCUUCCAGCAUCUUGUUGACGCUGGGGCUUUGAAGGAAAAGAGCAAAGUCAACAAGGUUGGCUUUGCCACAAAUUACCUUCACCCUGGUCCGGCACGCAAUGAAUUUCUUACCAAACGCCAAAGGCUGCAGUUGCAAGUACGAUCCUCGCCUCGGAAGCUUGCAGCAAAGAAAACGACGGCGAGGAAACAGACAGAAUACCCUUCGACAAAUGUCUCAUCGCCAAUUCACGCACCAAAACAGAAAAUACCGCAUCUUGUGUACCAGGGUAUCGAGGAAGAGGAAGAAGAGGACGAAUACUUCGAUAAACCCAGCCAUCCGACACGGAAAAAGGCACCACGCGGUCAUGAUGAAGAUGGCUUCAUUGGCGGGAAUUCUCAAAAUAACGCCGACGCUGCCCCUGUUCGCAUGGCCAAGUCAUUGGGGCCGACGACCACGAAACCCCUUGGAGCUCCCAUCACAAUCGAUGAACGCACGGCCAACCUCACCACCUUUCAACAGGACGUACUCCGCGACUUUCUUACCGGCGCAAAAGCCCUCCGAAAGAGCAUCAUGACGCAAAAGGGUCAUAGAGAAGCCAUUUUCACAGACACUGUUCUGCGAGAAAUGGGUAUCGAUUUACCUUCAACCCUUGACGAAAUGCGUCUGAUCGAAGGCAUACGACCAGAAAUGGUGGAUCUGUACGGGAAACGCUUCCUCCCUCUCAUCGAGAACUCACGCGCCUGCUACGGCGAAUCGGCACCCAUACCCAGGAACCCAGCACUGCGCCGUCAACCAGCCCCUCUUCGAGUUGUCCACACCGUUUCAGAUGAUGAAGAACAAGUCGCAGAUAUCAAUCACAGACUCGUUGUCGACCUCUGCAGCGAUGACGAUGACGAUGACGACGAGUAUGGGCAAAUGCCAUUUGGUGCCGACAACCAAGCUGAAAGCGACUACUCUUAUGGCGAUGACGACGAUGAGGAGGAGGACGACGAUGCAGAGCACAGUUCCCGAUACUUCGACCAGAGCCUCGACCCCCAGGUUGCAGAAUUCAAUAAUCGCUACACACAAGCUGCCGGGCCAUCAUCGUCGGCGAAGCCGCCCAAGGCUCCUCCUGCUGCGCGAGCCAGUUCCAAGGUGACUGGUGGACCAAGGAAGAAGUAUUAUAAAAAGAGGGCUUCGGGUAGUUUCGGAGGAUUUGCAGGAGUGAAGAAACGUGCACCCAAGAAUCGGGCACCGCGAGGCGCAGUGGCAGCGGGGAAGAGGGGUAGUGGUAGUGGCGGGAGAGGCAGAGGCGGAAGAGCCGCUGGAGCAGCAGCUGGAGGGGGUGGCUGGGGCUCAAUUAUGGCGAUGCCUACUUAA